GGUGAGGAGAAGGAAAAGGAGCGCGAUACAGGUGUAACAUCCGUGUUCGUUCGGCCGCUGAAGCACAGCCCCAAGACGCGUUCACACAGAAACCGCGAACACGCAGACACACGUGUGUACACGGGCCGCCCAGAACGUGCCGCCAGAAGUAGUCCGUCCGCCGCCGAAUCAACAACAACCCCCGAAGGCAAACGACAAGGAAGAAGAGGAAGAGAGCAGUCCUCCCCUCCCGGCGACCAGCAGUGGGACGAACGAAGAAGAAGCGAAGAGACCCCACAAGUAGUGCCCCGUGAGUGCCACGGAGUCAGUUUCGCGCGCGCAGUAGAGCCCGGAAGAGUAGCCGCAGCAAGAUGCCAGCCCCGAAGGCCCAGGAGGGAGAGGAUCCCGAUCCGACCCCAUACCUCUUCGUCUCCCUUGAGCAGAAGAGAAUCGACCAGACGAAACCCUACGAUGCGAAGAAAGCAUGUUGGGUGCCCGACGAGAAGGAGGGCUACCUCCUUGGCGAGAUCAAAGCCACCAAGGGUGAUGUCGUCAGCGUCAGCUUGCCUGGCGGCGAGACCAAGGACUACAAGAAGGACCAGCUCCAACAGGUGAACCCGCCCAAGUACGAGAAAUGCGAGGACAUGUCCAAUCUGACCUACCUCAACGAUGCUUCGGUCCUCCACAACUUGAAGCAACGUUACUACGCCAAGCUCAUCUACACCUACUCCGGCCUGUUUUGCGUGGCCAUCAAUCCCUACAAAAGGUUCCCCGUGUACACAGGGAGAUGCGCCAAACUGUACCGUGGUAAAAGGCGUAGUGAAGUGCCACCGCACAUUUUCGCCAUCUCUGACGGAGCUUACGUCAACAUGCUUACCAAUAGUGAGAAUCAGUCCAUGUUGAUCACCGGUGAGUCUGGAGCCGGGAAAACUGAGAACACGAAGAAGGUAAUUGCGUACUUCGCCACCGUCGGUGCCUCGACCUCGAAGAAGCAGGAGGAUCCGAACCAGAAGAAGGGCUCCUUGGAGGAUCAAGUCGUCCAGACCAAUCCUGUCCUAGAGGCCUUCGGUAACGCCAAGACCGUCCGUAAUGACAACUCCUCUCGUUUCGGUAAAUUCAUCCGUAUUCACUUUGGUCCCUCUGGAAAACUAGCCGGUGCCGACAUUGAGACUUAUCUACUGGAGAAGGCUCGUGUCAUCUCCCAACAAACCCUCGAGCGUUCCUACCACAUCUUCUACCAGAUUAUGUCCGGAUCGGUCAAGGGAGUAAAGGCCAUGUGCCUUCUUUCGGACAACGUCAACGAUUACUACUUCGUAUCUCAGGGCAAGACGACGAUCCCGAACGUCGACGACGGCGAGGAGUGUCUUUUGACCGACCAAGCCUUCGAUGUGUUGGGCUUUACUCAAGAGGAGAAGGACGACAUCUACAAGAUCACCGCGGCCGUCAUGCACAUGGGUGGCAUGAAGUUCAAGCAAAGGGGUCGUGAGGAACAGGCUGAAGCCGAUGGAACUGAGGAAGGUGACCGCGUGGCUAAGUUGCUUGGCACCGACUGUGCCGACCUUUACAAGAACUUGCUGAAGCCAAGGAUCAAGGUCGGUAACGAGUUCGUCACCCAGGGUCGUAACAAGGACCAGGUAGCCUACUCCGUGGGCGCCAUGUCGAAGGCGAUGUUCGACAGAGUGUUCAAAUGGCUGGUGAAGAAGUGUAACGAGACCCUAGACACCAAGCAGAAGAGACAGCACUUCAUUGGUGUACUGGAUAUCGCCGGUUUCGAGAUCUUCGACUUCAACAGCUUCGAGCAGCUCUGCAUCAACUUUACCAAUGAGAAGCUGCAGCAGUUCUUCAACCACCACAUGUUCGUCCUCGAACAAGAGGAGUACACAAAGGAGGGCAUUGAGUGGGCCUUCAUUGAUUUUGGCAUGGACCUGCUCGCAUGUAUCGACUUGAUCGAGAAGCCCAUGGGUAUCCUCUCCAUCCUUGAAGAAGAGUCUAUGUUCCCGAAAGCCACCGACAAGACCUUUGAGGAGAAGCUGAACAACAACCAUCUCGGCAAGAGUCCCAACUACUUGAAGCCGAAGCCGCCUAAACCGGGCCAACAGGCGGCUCACUUCGCCAUCGGUCAUUAUGCCGGCAACGUACCAUACAACAUCACCGGCUGGCUGGAGAAGAACAAGGACCCGCUGAACGACACGGUGGUCGAUCAGUUCAAGAAAUCUACAAACAAACUGCUGGUGGAGAUCUUCGCCGAUCAUCCCGGUCAGUCUGGUGAUGCCACUGCCGGCGGCGGCGGCAAGGGCGGACGUGGUAAGAAGGGCGGUGGUUUCUCCACGGUGUCGUCAUCCUACAAGGAGCAGUUGAACAAUUUGAUGACCACUCUGAGAGCCACUCAGCCUCACUUCGUCCGUUGCAUCAUCCCCAACGAGUUGAAGCAGCCGGGCGUGAUUGACUCCCACUUGGUGAUGCAUCAGCUCACCUGUAACGGUGUACUUGAAGGCAUCCGUAUCUGUCGUAAAGGAUUCCCCAACAGGAUGGUCUAUCCUGACUUCAAGCUACGAUACAAAAUUCUGUGCGCCCAUGCUGUGAAAGAGCCUUGCGAGCCGCAAAAAGCCACCCAGAUCAUCCUGGAGACGAUCAAUCUGGAGAGUGAUCAGUACCGCAUGGGUCACACCAAGGUAUUCUUCCGCGCCGGAGUCUUGGGUCAGAUGGAGGAGCUUCGCGAUGAGCGUCUCAGCAAGAUCGUGUCCUGGAUGCAGGCGUACAUCAGGGGUUACUUGACCCGUAAGGAUUACCAGAAGCUCCAGGAGCAACGUCUGGCCCUCCAAGUCGUCCAGAGGAACUUGAGGAAGUACCUCCAACUUCGCACCUGGCCGUGGUGGAAACUGUGGCAGAAGAUCAAGCCUCUCCUCAACGUCACUCGCAUCGAGGACGAGAUGGCUGCGUUGGAAGAGAAGGCCAGGAAGGCGCAGGAGGCCUUCGAAAAGGAGGAGAAACUGCGCAAGGAACUGGAGGAAAUGAACUCCAAGCUCCUCAGCGAAAAGACCAACCUGCUGCGCCAGCUGGAGGGUGAGAAAGGCUCGCUCUCCGAUUACCAGGAGAAGUCCCUCAAGUUGGCCGCUCAAAAGGCCGAUCUCGAGUCACAGCUCCAGGACCUCAACGACAGGUUCAAGGAAGAGGAGGACGCGAGGAACAACCUCUUCCAGAACAAGAAGAAACUCGAGCAAGAGGUCUCCGGACUGAAGAAAGACAUUGAAGAUCUCGAGCUGAAUCUCCAGAAGUCCGAACAAGACAAAGCCACGAAGGACCAUCAGAUCAGGAAUCUAAACGACGAAAUCGCCCACCAGGACGAGCUCAUCAACAAGCUGAAUAAGGAGAAGAAGAAUCAAGGCGAGGUGAACCAGAAGACCGCCGAGGAGCUCCAGGCUGCCGAGGACAAAGUCAACCACCUCAACAAAGUCAAGUUGAAGCUCGAACAGACCCUCGACGAACUCGAGGAUUCCCUCGAACGUGAGAAGAAAUCACGUGCCGACGUAGAGAAGGCAAAGAGGAAGGUCGAGGGUGACCUGAAGCUCACGCAGGAGGCCGUCGCCGAUCUUGAGAGGAACAAGAAGGAACUUGAACAGACCAUCCAGCGCAAGGACAAGGAACUCUCGUCCUUGACUGCUAAGCUCGAGGAUGAGCAGUCCUUGGUCGGCAAGCUGCAGAAGCAGAUUAAGGAGUUGCAAGCCCGCAUCGAAGAACUUGAAGAAGAGAUCGAAGCGGAACGCGGUGGACGCGCCAAGGCCGAGAAGCAGCGCAGCGACCUUGCCCGCGAGCUCGAGGAAUUAGGCGAGCGCUUGGAGGAGGCUGGCGGUGCUACCUCCGCUCAGAUCGAGCUGAACAAGAAGCGCGAGGCUGAGCUCAGCAAGCUCCGCAGGGAUCUCGAGGAGGCCAACAUCCAGCACGAGUCCUCGUUAGCCAGCUUGCGCAAGAAGCACAAUGAUGCCGUCGCCGAAAUGGGCGAGCAAAUCGACACCCUCAACAAGCUCAAGGCUAGGGUCGAGAAGGAGAAGGUUCAGUACUACAGCGAGUUGAACGAUCUGCGCACGUCCUGCGACCACUUGAGCAAUGAGAAGGCUGCCCAGGAGAAGAUCGUGAAGCAGUUGCAACACCAGUUGAACGAGACUAGCGGCAAGCUCGAGGAAGUGAAUCGCACUUUGAACGACUUCGAUGCUGCGAAGAAGAAGCUGUCGAUCGAAAACAGUGACCUGCUCCGCCAACUGGAAGAAGCCGAGUCGCAGGUGAGCCAGCUAUCCAAGAUCAAGAUCUCGCUGACCACGCAACUCGAGGACACGAAGAGGCUGGCGGACGAGGAGUCGCGCGAGCGCGCCACUCUACUCGGCAAGUUCCGCAAUUUGGAACACGACUUGGACAACAUCCGCGAGCAGGUGGAGGAAGAGGCCGAAGGCAAGGCCGACCUUCAACGACAGCUCAGCAAGGCGAAUGCCGAGGCGCAGCUGUGGCGCACCAAGUACGAGUCCGAAGGCGUCGCCCGGGCUGAAGAGCUCGAGGAAGCCAAGAGGAAGUUGCAGGCUAGGCUCGCUGAGGCUGAGGAGACGAUCGAAUCCCUCAACCAGAAAGUUAUCGCCUUGGAGAAGACCAAACAGAGGCUGUCCACUGAGGUGGAGGAUCUGCAGAUCGAAGUCGACCGUGCUACCGCGAUCGCAAACGCCGCCGAGAAGAAGCAGAAGGCCUUCGACAAGAUCAUCGGCGAAUGGAAGCUCAAGGUGGACGAUCUCGCCGCCGAACUCGACGCCAGCCAGAAAGAGUGCCGCAACUACAGCACCGAACUCUUCAGGCUCAGAGGAGCGUACGAGGAAGGACAGGAGCAGUUGGAAGCUGUGCGUCGCGAGAACAAGAACCUCGCCGACGAGGUGAAGGAUCUCUUAGACCAAAUCGGCGAGGGUGGCCGCAACAUUCACGAGAUCGAGAAGGCCAGGAAGCGCCUGGAGGCUGAAAAGGACGAACUCCAAGCCGCUUUGGAGGAAGCCGAGGCCGCUCUCGAGCAAGAGGAGAACAAGGUGUUGCGCAGCCAGCUCGAACUCAGCCAAGUCCGACAGGAGAUCGAUCGCCGCAUCCAAGAGAAGGAGGAGGAGUUCGAGAACACCAGAAAGAACCACCAGCGUGCUCUCGACUCUAUGCAAGCCUCCCUCGAAGCAGAAGCCAAGGGUAAAGCUGAGGCGCUGCGCAUGAAGAAGAAGCUGGAGGCCGACAUCAACGAGCUAGAAAUUGCGCUGGAUCAUGCCAACAAGGCGAACGCUGAAGCCCAGAAGAAUAUCAAGCGAUACCAGCAACAGCUCAAGGACGUGCAGACCGCCCUCGAGGAGGAGCAGAGAGCACGCGAUGAGGCCCGAGAAUUGCUCGGUAUUUCGGAGCGCCGCGCCAAUGCCCUGCAGAACGAGCUCGAGGAGAGCCGCACUCUUCUGGAACAGGCCGACCGUGGUCGUCGCCAGGCGGAGCAAGAACUUGCUGAUUGCCACGAGCAGCUGAACGAAUUGAGCGCCCAGAACGCGUCAAUUUCCGGCGCCAAGAGGAAACUCGAAGCCGAACUGCAGACUCUCCACUCUGACUUGGACGAGCUGCUGAACGAGGCGAAGAACUCCGAGGAGAAGGCGAAGAAGGCUAUGGUGGAUGCCGCCAGGUUGGCCGACGAGUUGCGAGCCGAGCAAGACCAUGCUCAGACUCAGGAGAAGCUCCGCAAGGCCCUGGAGACCCAGAUCAAGGAGCUGCAGGUACGUCUCGACGAAGCUGAGGCGAACGCCCUCAAGGGUGGCAAGAAGGCCAUCCAGAAGUUAGAGCAACGUGUGCGCGAACUGGAGAACGAACUCGAUGGUGAACAAAGGAGACACGCCGAUGCCCAGAAGAACCUCCGUAAGUCCGAGCGCCGCAUCAAGGAGCUGAGCUUCCAGGCGGACGAGGACCGUAAGAACCACGAGCGCAUGCAAGACUUGGUCGACAAGCUCCAGCAGAAGAUCAAGACAUACAAGAGACAGAUCGAGGAGGCGGAGGAAAUUGCCGCGUUGAAUCUCGCCAAGUUCCGCAAGGCGCAGCAGGAGCUCGAGGAGGCUGAGGAGAGGGCGGAUCUCGCCGAACAGGCCAUCACCAAGUUCCGCACCAAAGGACGCGGCGGAAGUGCCGCGCGUGGACUUAGCCCAGUGCCGCAACAGAAACGCAAGGUGCCUUCCGCGAUGGAGUAGACGCACACACACGCACACACACAACCGCGCUUGGUCCAUCCACACCGACCUGCGGUAAGACCCCUGUUAGAUGGUUCCGCAUUCCCGCCACGCUUCGACCUGCAGCCCGAUGGUGACCUGUAAAGCUCCUUCCUAAAGAGAGAGAUUCGCGUAUAAGUAACUAAAGAAACACACCAGACGGAGAAAAAAAGAAAAAAAAAAGAAAACAAAGAUAUUAACAACGAAACAGCUUUAAUAUCCGGAGAACAAGAAGAAGAAAGCUAACGGAG